AAUCUGGCUAAGGCAGAAAACAGUUUUGAGAUGCAAACUUUGAAAGCCUAUAUCUGGAGUUUGGAGCAUGAUCUCAGGCUGAUUCAAGUUGGAGGUGAAACAGGAAGUUUUAUUCUACAAAGGCAAGGAAUUGGUUGAAUUCGAACCAACCUAGAAGACCAUUUUCGAGAGGCUCAAAGAUGGCAUCAAAGCUGUUUGGUUACUUGGAGCUAAAGGCAGAUUUCUUUUCUUGUUUAGUUAGGAUUUCAUUGUUUUGGUAGUUUUUGAUUCCUUUUCGUAUUAGACUGUAAUUAGGAGUUUAUGGGACGUGUGUAACCCUAGCUAGGCCUAUUUAAGCUUUCUAUUUCGUUGUAAUAGUUAGAAGACUUUGAUUAAUCGAAAAACAAACCCUUUGGUUUUGUGCAAGUUGCGACUUGUUUGGGUUUGGUGGAUUCCAAACUUGCUGAGCUUGUGUAUCGAUUGAAUAGUCACUUCAAUCGUGGUCUAGCAACUACCCUUUUAUACCAAUCGAGCUAUCCCCAGGUGUGGAUUUGUCCUUUUGGUUCCGUUUUAUCCAAGUUCGUAUUAAGAACGCUUCGUUCUUGAUUCGAGCUCAAUCGAUUCUUCGAUUGAGUCGUUAGCUGCGUGACUUUGAUAACAUACACCCCCCAGGGGCGUAUUAUUGAAGAUAGAGAGUUGGUGACUUUAGUCGAGGAACCAACUCACUAUUCUGUACCGGAUUUACUCCGGUAGUGGAGGUUUUGUUCUUAGGGCCUCAAUCUGUCUACUCCGGUGGAGGUUAGUCGCCCGCUAGAGAGUCAGAUUGAGAGGGUCUGAAGACCUUUAGUCGAGACUUCAGGCUGUUUAAGAACCUUCCGCAGUAUAACUAUCAUAGAAACUGAACUUGGUAAUUACAAUCCGGCUUAACUGCAGUCUAGGGGGAACCAUAUCCGGGUGACCUCUCUUAACUUGAAUACAACCGUUUACCUGCUUUGUUAGUUUGUUAGUUAGACUUGCAUUCCAGUUUCAUUGCUAGAUAACAAGAAUUCACUGAGUAGUCAUCAAAUCUAGGACCCGGGUUGAUAAUUAAACCCAAACCCGCUAUACUACGCUUUAGGAAGUGGUUUCACUUGGCCAAUUCCUGGAGUGACAGUAGAGUCGAGUCAGUGGUCUCGUGCACCUUAAUAUGCUUUGCAAGAUCCUCUAGCAUCAAAUCCAAACAAUGAGCAGCACAAGGUGUCCAAAACAAAUGCUUCCUUUUUUCCAUCAAUAAUUGUCCUCCUGCCUUAUAAGCUGAAGCAUUAUCUGUCACAACUUGAACAACAUUCUCUUCCCCAAUCUUCUCAACAACUCCAUCUAACAUGUAGGAAAGUCCUUGGCGGACCUAGGCGCUAGCAUUAAUGUCAUGCCAUAUAAGUUGUACAAAAAGCUAGACCUAGGUGAACUUAGCCCUACUAGGAUGAGCAUUCAGUUAGCUGAUCGUUCUAUCGUGCAUCCUAGGGGUAUCAUUGAGGAUCUGCUUGUUAAAGUAGGUGCAUUCACAUAUCCUGUUGAUUUUGUUAUUCUUGAUAUACAUGAGGAUGUGGAUGUGCCUUUGAUUCUAGGUAGGCCAUUUCUUGCCACCGCCAAGGCACUUAUUGAUGUGCAUGAUGGUAAACUGAUCUUGCGUGCUGGGAAUGAACAGGCUACUUUUUCUGUGACUGAAUUUGAUCAAUGUGCUAUGAUUGCUGUCACGCCUGUGCAUGCCAUUUCUGAUCAGGUACACGAGUCUGUCGUGUACCCUUCUGCACCUCCUAUUUUGAAGGACCCCCUUAUCAUUCCUUCGCCGCCACUCCAUCCAGCCACGCCUCCGAACAAAAAGCUCAAGGAGGAGUGGCGGCCAAAGCAGCAGGUUGCUAAGCCUGCACGGAAGAAGAGUGGAGACCACUAUGAGCUGGUCCCACCUCCUGCACCACGACCACCCUGGCCGUCUGGGUACUCACUCGCUUGCAUCUUGCCAGAUGGGCAGGUCGAGCUGACUGAUGAUGGUGGUCGCAUCCGUCAGGUGCAUGGCCACAACCUGAAGCUGUACCUCAAGAGCGACGUGGAUCCGUGGAUCCGCUCUUGGAGGCACCUGUUCCUGCACCGCCCUGAGUAUCCACCAUGGGCGUCCAGCUAAAAGACGGUAAAGAAGCGCUUGUGGGGAGGCAACCCCACCACGGUUUGAUUUUCUUUCUUGUGUUUUGAGUCGGAUUGUAACCCGGUUUGGGUUUGGUUUGUUUUCUUUUGUUUUGGAUGAUGUUUUAUUGGGCUGACCAUUGGACCUAACAUAUUGUGUUUGAGCUCUUUGUUUUCCUUUGGCUGUGCUUGUCUUGACUGGUACUCUCUCCAGUCCGCUUCCAGUCUCCUGCAGUCCGUGCAUACCGGUAACAUCUUUUCCUUUCCCUUCCCUCUUCUCCAUUGAGGGCAAUGUCGAUCUUAAGUGUGGGGGGAUGUUUAUCUUUUGACUGCAUUAGAUCUGUUUGUGUGCUUGGAGCCUAGUCCACUGUCCAAAUUUUUAAAUUUGAGGGCUCCAAGUACGUGUUUCCAUGCAAUUGCCUGCUCAGUAUGCUUUGAAUUGACAGUCUUUAUAGUAAUAUGCAACCUAGGGAGGUAGUGUAGCACUAUGGAGGAUGUUGAUGCAUUUAAGAAAUCUCAUUUCUUCUUCAUAUUGUGUUGGUUGAUUGAGUGAAUUAGUGAUCUUAGGACCCUUGAAUUGUGUAGUGUUGUGGAUUCUCUGCCUGUCAUGGACUCUUGUGUCAUGUUUUGAGUUUAACAGGUGCUCGAAAAUGUGCUUAAAAAUAACGUCUCCCGUGCGAAUAUGGCGAAAGUGUGUAAGGGGAGACGGGAAUCCGUUCCCGAUUUCCACCUACUACCUCCAGCCCCCUUGCAUGGCUUUCCCCCGCACGAGGCUCGAGACAUCCGCUCCUUGCAUGGCCGGUAAGAGCAGGUUGGGACCCUUGAAAAGAAAAGAAAAGAAAAGAAAAAUAACAGAAAACAAGCAAAACAGAAAAAAAGGGGUUCCAACCAUCUUCAAAGAAAAUAGAGCACCUUGAAAAAUGAGAGUCCAUGAUCCUUUGUUUUUGAGAAUCUCUCCAUCCACGAUUCAUUUGUCCUCUGUUCACUGUUUGCCAUGAUGCCGACUCGUCGAAGAAGCUAUGAGAUGACUUGUGCAUCGGUUGACCUCGUAAGCUGCUAAAUGAUCUAGGAAGUCCUCUAUCUACGAUCUGGGUUGUUUGUUGCUAUAGAGGUCUGGAGAGUUGCAUUGGUUUGAGUUAGGUUUGCUUGGGGACAAGCAAACGGUUAAGUGUGGGGGAGUUUGAUAACGAUGUAAUUGCACAUAUUUGCGCCCCUAGUUCUUAUCCGUUUGAGGGGCAUAGUCGUGUGUUUUGGCCUAUUUUACGCCGGGUUGUGCUAUUUUGUCAUGUUUCAGGUCCCAGGUGUCAAAGGGAAGGCUAAGAGCGAGUUUCGGGGCAUUCAGAAGUCAUUUCGGUGAGCUGGAGCCAAAACACGGGCACACCUAAAUCAUUACACGGCCGUGUUCCUGUGGCCGUGCUUUUUAUGCCGAGAGCUGAGCUGAUUACACGGGCAGGGCCGAGACAAAGCACGGCCGUGUUCCACCAAAGCACGGCCGUGUCCAACGCGAAGCACGGCCGUGUUUCUCCCAACUGCUGGCCGUGUAAUUAACCCUGGCCGAGGCACGGGCGGACUCAGGCAAAGCACGGCCGUGUCCUCGACCGUGCUUUGGCCACUGAUGCCUUUUUAAGCAGAUUUUCAGCCAAACAGAAGGGGAUUCGAGUUUUUGAGAGAUAGAACGAUUCCUAGAGAGAGAAAGUGACGAGCAAGAGUUCCCAAGCGCCCUAGCUUGAUCCUCAACACCAUUGGAGGCUUGUUUGAGCUUGGAGAAGUGCCAAUCAACGUCCAGGAGCAGG